CUCCGCCCCUGCGGAAGAGCCGCCGCUGCUUCACAUCCACGUCCGGGGGCGCAGGCUCUGAGCUGUCGGUGCCCGGGGGCCUCCGCCGCGCUCGCCGCCGCCGGUCUGCGAUGACAACCAUCUGCGACCUGCCCGAGGACGUCCUGGUGGAGCUGCUGUCGCUGCUGCCCGCCCGGGACCUGGUGCGCACCUGCAGGGUGGUCUGCUCGCAGUGGCGCUACGUGGUGGAUCUGACCACCCUGUGGAAGCGCAAGUGCCAGCGUGAGGGGUUUUACCAGCAGAGCUUGGACAGGAGCGUCUCGGACUGGAAGGUGUUCUACAUGCUCUGCCACCUGAAGAGAAACUUAAUCAAAAACCCCUGCGCUGAAGAGAAAUUUCAGCACUGGAAACUUGAUAAUAACGAGGGAGAUAAAUGGAAGAUUGAGAAUAUGCCUGGACCUCAUGGAAGAGAAAUCAUGGACCCUAAAGUACACAAAUACUUCGUCACUUCAUAUGGGCCGUGCUUCAAGUCUCAACUCAUCACCCUGCAGAAAGAAGGAUACUGGAACCAGUUGAUGGAUGAGAAACGGCCUGAAAUUGUAGUCAAGGACUGGUAUGCUGCCAGAUUUGACUGUGGGUGUCGGUAUGAGAUUAUAGUGAGGCUGCUUUCUGAAGACUACAUUGUCCUUGAGGAGUUCCGCCCCGAGCCGGUGGUUAUAGAGCAGUGGAAUGAUGCUGCAUGGAGAGAGAUUUCUCACACUUUCCAGAAUUACCCACCUGGAGUUCGUUACAUCUGGUUCCAGCACGGUGGCCAAGACACCCAGUUCUGGGCAGGGUGGUAUGGGAUCCGAGUGACCAACUCCAGCAUCACCAUCGGGCCCCUGACAAUGUUAUGAAGGCACAAUAUGUGUUUGCUUUUACCUCAGGACUGUAACCAGGUGGUCUCAGGUGCACUUAUUUGUCUGUACUCUCUGGGUGAGUGUCCUGGCUUUGUCUUGCACAGCUGAUCUCAACCCCAGGCACUUAGCUCUGCCUACAGCAGAACUUCUGCAGGCCUGGCCCUCUAGAAGGACUUCUGUCCUCAUCUUCCUCCUCCUGCACUGUGGGUGUUACUGCACUUACCAGUACCCUUCCAAAGGAGGAAGACUAGGACAAUGCAAUGACAUCUGUUUGUCUAGUUAAUAUGUCCUUGUGCUGCAGCCAAAUCCUAAGUCUUAAACAGAAACCCCUUCUUGUUUGUUCAUGGAACUUAUAAAAGAGAAGGCUAAAAUGUUUCAUGCAGGUUAUCAAUGCUGUCCUCAAGGGCUCUCCUACAGGGAUAAUCGAUUUUGUAUGUUAUUCUCCUGUUUUAUUGUGUAUAAAAACCACGUGUCUUUCACAUCAGACCUUUCAUAGCAGAAGGAAACCGUCAGCCCUUUUUCAUAAAUGCUGUGUCACUGGUAUUUAAUUUCCUUACUGAUUCUUUAAGUGUAGAAGAUCAGAAUGGAACGUGCCUCCCCUGCCCCAAACCAGCCCACUGUUGUUUGAAUAAACCACUAGAGAAAGAGGAGGUAAGAAAUCUCCUAAGGUGGCUCCCUUACAACAGAAGUGCCUUUUGUGCUGGGCUUUCUCCAUCCUACCUUUGUGCUACCAGAGCACUUGGUUUGUACUGAACAGUCUGACCCUAUAUCAAGUGGUCAAGCAGCACAAGACCUUGCUCUAGAGUACUCUUGCUCUUUUCACUUGGAAGGAGCAGGGAGGUUCUGUACUGGCUGUGUUAUCAAACUGUCUCACCAGCAAGCUCAGCUCAAAUACUAUGAACCAAGUUUUCUACCCCUGUAUGCACAGAGUCAAUGCUAAGGCCUUCUUCCCUCUCCUUUGACAGGUGUAGGAUUAACAGUGCUCCCCUUGUCCUCUGUUUGGGAUAUCUGGCAGGUGUCCUUGCUGGACAGACACAUUCCACCUUGCUAAUGCCACUUGUGGCUGAAAGCUUUCCCAUAGAAAGGGGAAAGACCAAGUCUGUACAACCCCUGCAUGGGAACUGACAGAUUCCACACACAUUCCAGAAAAGAUACGGAAAAGCUCCACAUAAAAUAUAAAGCUCCAUACAAAAAAAAGUACUUGCUCCCAGGGGGAGGCUGGUUUGGACAGAGCUCAGGUAAAACCUAGGAUUUAUUGAAGACUACUUGGGACAGUCACAGUGGACAGACACUACAUAAGGCCUCACUCACCCUCGACAUGAGUCCGUUGCUGUAGUGGAUCGCUGUAUAUCACUAUCGAUGUGCAAUGGAGAUGCCCUAUUGAGGUGAGAACUGGAGCUGUACAAAGCACUGACUGCACACUGCAGUCACCUAUGUCCUGCCCCCAGGGAUUCACUGGAACAAAACCUAUACUCACACAUGAGUGUACAUGGGAACAGGCUCUGGCUCCACAUUCCAAGUCAGUUCUAUAUACAGUGGUAAGAGCACUUGAAAUAGUGAGGCAGCAGCUGCUCUACAUUCACCCAGAAGGCCAGCUGAAGAGACAGUUAGCAAGGUAUGGUUUGUGAGAUAUCUUCAUCCACUGGAAGAUCAGAUGAGGCUUGAAGGCAAGACUGGAAAUCAAGUGCCUUUGUGGGCUCGCUCUUCUACAUAGAGCUGCAUCUGCAGGACAGAAACAAGCACCAGGUCACUUGAUAUGCAGGUAGGUGAAUGGGGAAAGAGCAACAGGUUAAAUAGGAAGAGUUUGUUCCUUUCCCCAUAACAAGGUUUAUUUUAUCAUGAUGAGUCUGGCCAUGUUUUAUUACUGGCACAGGCAUUUGCCAGACUAAACUGCUCAGCAGUGUUCAAACUUACUUUAGAAAGCUGCAGAGCUGGCAUCAGAGUACACAAAGCUUGGACCCACACUGGGUUACAGCCACCUCCUGGGCCAGAACACUGCUCACCUUUAGUAUGUCAGAUGUCAUGGUUUUCAGGGGAAUGAGCCGGGGGUCAUGCAUGUGCACAUCCUGUUCAUCAGCCAGGAUCCAGGGGAAAUCCUAGGGGCAGGAACACAAAGUGCUUUAUUUGCAGGGGCUGGCAGACUCCAUCAGGUGAGGGCUCUUCCUCAGCACUAGAUCAGCAUUGAGUGAAUGAGAAAUCCAGUGGCUGAGCAAAGAAACAGGUAACUCAAACCUUUCCUAUCAGCAAAACUUAACACUUGCACACCUGGCCCUGACACUGCAGUGGUGCAUCUCCCCCACAUCCUCUGGGCUGCUCCACAACCUCAGGAAUUCCCAUCAGGCCUUGGCCUUUGUGUACUGAGUUGAGUGGUGAAGAGUCCCUUGCCCAUACCAGGAACUCCUGCAUGGUGAAAGAGGGAGGCAAGAGCAGGGGUAAUCAGCCAUCCCCUGGUGCCCAGGUGGCACAGGACCAUUGUUACUGGAGUUCUGAACCAUUACUAUACUGAGUCAGGCUGUGGCCGGAAUGGGAAUUACUGAUGACUACAGCCCAGAAUAGUGACCCCCUAAACAGUGGUGUCAAGGGAGGCCCUUUUAGCUCUCCUGGAGUGCAGGGGGGGCUGUGACCAACAUCUCCCUCUGAGCGGGACACCCCCAGAGCUCACAAUCUCUCAGCUGUGUGGUAACUGGAGGACCAUCACUGAAGCUGAUUGGCAGGACCUGGCUGAAAUCCCCCUGCUCCUUGAAGCUCAACCCUCCAAGACACUUGGUGUGAACAUUCCACUGAACUCGAUGGGAAUUUUUAACAGGUACCUUUGGAUGUCUCUGUGUGUCUGUCUGUGUGUAUUACUGUGUAGUGUAUUACGAUGCAGUGCAGUAGAUUCUGUUGACUCACCUUAAAACUGCAGACUGCUGGUAGGUGAAAGGCUGUAAAAAUCACACUUGUGGUGAACUGAGAACACUUCGGGCACCCUUUAGAUUUCAGCUGCUGACCAGGUCUGAGACUAAGACUAGACCUAGCUGCAGCUGGGCUCCAGCAGUUCAGGAAGCAAGGGGGGGUCUGUUCGGAACCUCAAUACUCAAUGGGAGAGCUCCUCUCAUCCUUUGUGCCCUCAGUCAUCAAUCAUAUUUUAACUUUAUUUUUACCUCUGUUUUCCUGUUAUGCUCCCUCCAUGUAAUGAGUAAUGGGGUCAAUGUUGCCAUGGAAUUCUGUUAAGUUGCACAUUUAUAAAUUCAUAUUAAAACUACUCUUUCUA